GACGAACUGCACUUUACAAACUUCGUGCUGCUUUGUCAAUUUUUCAUUAUGCCCUGAAGUUCCCCACCAUUGAAGGAGAAGGCACUCAUUACGGAGACCAACGAGAAGCCCAAAGUUUGAUGUUGCUCUCAACCUCGCGUAACUUUCAUAUGAUUGAAGUUCAGGGUGCUGAUAACUCUGUUGGACUGAACAAUCCAACUCUUAAUGCUGAAAGAACCGAUCAGUUCGCUUCAGAUACCAACGUUCCUCUUACGGAUACCGAUACCCCUAUGGCGUCGGUUUUGCCUGAAACAUUAACUGAAGUAUUUGAUCAAGAGCAGCCUUUUCAUGAGAAAGACACAGAAAUGCAAAAAGAUAUGGAUCCACGGAUGCAGUUCAAAGAUGAAAAUCAUCAUGUCCGAGCCGAACCAGUUGAAGAUGUCGAAAUCAUUUACGUGGAUGGAUCGACUCAAGAAAAAUCACUGCGUAUUGGAGCUAACCUACAAGAACCCAUUCGGUCAAGCUUAAUUCAGUUCCUUCAGUCAAACUCCGACGUAUUCGCUUGGAAACACGAAGACAUGAAAGGGAUUGAUCCACAAAAAGCGUGUCAUCGCUUGAAUUUGGAUAAGACUGUCAAGCCCGUCAUACAGAAACGCCGGAAAUUUGGUCCAGAUCGUCAGAAGGCCCUUGAAGAGGAAGUAAACAAGCUCAUAGACAAUAAGUUCGUGAAAGAAGCCAAAUACCCGACGUGGAUAUCGAAUCUUGUCUUGGUCAAGAAAGCCACCGGCCUUUGGCGUCUGUGCAUAGAUUUUUCAGAUUUGAAUCAAGCAUGCCCGAAAGAUAGCUACCCCAUUCCACACAUUGAUUACAUGGUAGAUGCUACAUCGGGACAUCAACUCAUGAGUUUCUUGGAUGCCUAUUCCGGCUAUAACCAAAUUCCCAUGCACCCUGAUGACGCUGAACAUACCUCGUUCUACUUAGCUCGAGGCCUCUAUUGCUAUGUCAUGAUGACUUUUGGAUUGAAGAAUGCAGGGGCCACAUACCAAAGGUUGGUCAAUAAGAUGUUUGCUCGUUUGAUCGGCCACACGAUGGAAGUUUACGUGGACGACAUGUUAGUGAAAUCGGAACAGGCCUCUGAUCAUAUCGCCCAUCUUUCCGAGGUCUUUGAUAUUCUCCGAGAGUAUUCUAUGGUGCUUAAUCCCAAGAAGUGUACUUUUGGAGUUGGAUCAGGGAAGUUUUUAGGAUACAUGGUGAGUCAAAGAGGGAUUGAAGCCAAUCCCGCCAAGAUUCAAGCCAUACUUGGCUUAGCUCCCCCGACAUCUAUUAAGGGUGUCCAAGCUUUGACCGGUCGACUGGCAGCUCUAAAUCGGUUCAUUUCAAAGUCGACAGAUCAUUGCAAGCCGUUCUUUGACGCUAUCAAAAAGAAGAAGCCAUUCGAAUGGACCGUAGAAUGUCAGAAUGCUUUUGACAACAUCAAAGAAGUCCUCUCACGGUUACCGACGUUGCAGAAACCGCUUCCUGAUGAACCUCUGUAUUUGUACCUUGGUGUAAGUGACGUUGCUGUUAGUGCCGUUCUUAUACGACAAGACGGGCUUCAACAGUUCCCUAUAUAUUACGUUAGCAAGGCUCUGCAUGACGCUGAAUUGCGAUAUCCAUAUAUGGAGAAGUUAGCCUUUGCUCUGAUCUUCGCUGCACGGAAGUUGCGUCCAUAUUUUCUGGAACAUUCAAUUAUCGUGUUUACGACAUACCCUCUCCGACAAGUCCUUCACCGACCUGACACGUCGGGAAGAAUGAUUAAGUGGGCGAUAGAACUGGGACAGUUUGAUAUUCAGUACCGUCCACGAAAUGCUAUCAAAGCUCAA